AUGGGGAAAGCAAAGAAAACUAGAAAGUUUGCCCAAGUAAAGAGGGUCAUAACUUCGAAAGAUCAACGAAUCAAAAAAAAUCAAGAACAGCAAAAACCAGUCGAUCAAGACAAAGAGUUGGUGAAGGAAAUACCACAGGUGUCUUCUGCGCUUUUUUUUCAGUAUAAUGAAGCUAUCAAGCCUCCUUAUCAAGUGUUAGUGGAUACAAAUUUCAUCAACUUCAGUAUACAGAAGAAGCUGGAUUUAGUCAGGGGUAUGAUGGAUACUCUAUACGCUAGAUGUAUUCCCAUCGUCACUGACUGCGUGAUGGCGGAAUUGGAAAAGUUGGGCCCUAAGUAUAGAAUAGCUCUUAGAAUGGCCCGUGAUCCAAGGGUCCAAAGACUCACUUGUAGCCAUAAGGGGACGUAUGCUGAUGAUUGUUUGGUGCACCGAAUCAUGCAACACAAAUGCUAUAUUGUGGCCACAAAUGACGCAGAUUUAAAGAGGAGAAUUCGUAAAGUUCCUGGAGUGCCUUUAAUGAGCGUUGGUGCCCAUUCUUAUGUUAUCGAAAGGUUGCCUGAUGCUUUCUGA